AUGCAGCCAUGGACUGGCAGAGGCAGUCACUCGCUCUUUUGCGCGUUUCGCUCGCUCGCUAGACCUACGGAGCGACAUUUCGCAACGACCUCCCCUCUACAACGAACAAGUCGAUCUGUCUUGAAAGCAAAACUUAACCAGCAAGCUGCGGCCGUAGAAUCCAUAAAGAGUGGAAAGAAAGGCAGGGGGAAGUCCGGCGACGCCAGAAGAGCUGCUCGCCAAACAACCACCCGGGCUCACGAUUUCUACAAUGUGGUUGAAACUGCAUUGCGUCAAACCAAGGAGAGGCUUCGCACAACAGGGCAACCUUUGGACGGAUGGGGACGGCUUGAGCGCCAAGUGUUGAAUGCCUGCCAUGUAGAUGAGAAAACCGUGACAUCAGCGAAAUGGACUCCGCUACAAGAGCUGAAGGCCAUGUUGCAAAAGUCAUAUCUCAAUAACGGAGCGCAGGGAAUACGGGAUGAAUUGGAAUAUAUGCUAUUCGCUGAGGAUCUGACGAACAAGUACUCGACUUCCAAUCUCGAAGCGCAACGGAAAGUGGUUGACCUUCGCUUCCCCGCAGAAUGGUAUCCUGGUGCACGAUCAAUCCAACGGAAAAUCCAUUUACAUGUCGGCCCCACAAAUUCGGGAAAGACAUAUCAUGCGCUGAAGCGGUUGGAAGAAGCCAAAGCUGGAUUUUAUGCUGGACCUUUAAGACUGCUUGCACAGGAGGUAUAUCAUCGCUUCAAGGAUAACGGUAUACCGUGUAGUCUCGUUACGGGAGACGAAGUCCAAGUCCCCGAGGAUGGCAAGACACCGCGGGUUGUGAGCAAUACUGUGGAAAUGGUUAGCAUGGGACAGGCCUUCGACGUUGGAGUGAUUGAUGAGAUUCAGAUGAUUGCCGAUACUAAGCGAGGCUGGGCGUGGACUCGAGCUGUGCUUGGCUGUCAGGCUGCUGAACUACACCUUUGUGGUGAGACUCGUGCAGUACCGCUUAUUCGAGAAUUGUGUGCCCUUACUGGAGAUAUCCUGGAGAUUCAUCGUUACGAGAGGCUCAACGCUCUGGAAGUGAUGCCACAUAGCCUUGGCGGCAACUUAAAGCGACUUCAAAAGGGCGAUUGCCUGGUUGCAUUCUCUCGUGUUGGAAUUCACGCCCUGAAGGCAGACAUUGAAAAAAUCACUGGAAGACGAGCUGCGAUUGUCUACGGCGGUCUGCCUGCGCCGAUUCGAACCCAGCAGGCAGCGUUGUUCAAUGAUCCCGAUAACGACUAUGACUAUUUGGUGGCAAGUGAUGCGAUUGGUAUGGGGUUGAAUUUGAGCGUCAAGCGUAUCAUCUUCGAGACUCUUAUUAAGCGGACACCGGCCGGAUUGAUCCGAUUAACUGUUCCAGAGAUCAAACAGAUCGGUGGACGCGCUGGUCGAUACCGCCCCGCCAGCGCUACGAAUAGUAGUCAAGACGGCGCCAACGUCGGUUUGGUUACAUGUCUUGAAGAAGUCGAUCUCCCAUACAUCCGAGAAGCCAUGCACACUGAGCCUCCGCCACUUAGAGGCGCCGGUAUCUUGCCGCCAGGUUUUGCCUUCGAGAAAUUUUCGUUCUACUUCCCAAGGAAUGUUCCCUUUGAGUACUUGCUCAAGCGAGUGCUUGAAAUCGCCCAAAUGAACCGCCUUUUCUUCAUGUGCAGUACAGAAAGCCAACAGGAAGCUUGUCAGGUCUUGGAUGGAGUGGACGGAUUGUCGGUCACGGACCAGCUUUUCCUCAUUGCCGCGCCAUUGGAAACCCGAAACCUGGCCCUGCGUGACGUGACCUUGGCAUUUGCCGAAUGCAUCGCUAGCAAUACUCAAGGGCGACUGUUGGAGAUUCCUUACCUGAACCUGGAAAUCCUAGAAAAGCCUGUGUCUGGAAGUAAGGAUUACAUGUAUGAGCUGGAGGGGCUUCAUAAGGCUAUCAUCCUUUAUUUGUGGCUGAGCUACCGGUUCGGUGGUGUCUUUACGGAUCGAACCCUUGCGACACAUAUCAAGACGCUUACGGAGGAGAGGCUGAUGCGAGCUUUAACCGAGUUCUCCGCCAAUAAGCACUUGCGCAAGGACGCCUCCCUGAAACGCCAAAUUGCGCUACAGAAGCAGAUCAUGAGCCAGCAAAGUCUCAUUCAUGAAGAGGAUUUGGUCUCCCCAGAACAUGGAACCGAGGGCAUAAUGGAUGAACUGCCAGAGGAUUCGGAUCCAGCUGAAACUGUGGGAAUUAUGGAGGACUCCGAAGAUUUCGUGGAGCAACAGACUCCUCGUGUAUAA